CCGCAGUAAGAUCGUUGGAGCUCCAAUGCACGAUCUGCUCUUAUGGAACCACGCCACAGUGACCACCUGUCAUUCAAAGACCCUCAACCUUGCUGAACAGGGGUUGCUGUUGGAGGUGGAUACUCUCAGAUUAUCCCAUUAGAAGAGGUCAGCCUUCAGCCUUCAGGCCAGAAUGAGCUCAUCUCUGCUGCCAGUAGAGUGGUGAUGGACACUAUUAAAGCACAUGCUCACUAUGAGACCAAGCUUUCUGAGAAGGCUUUGUUUGACUUAUUGGUUCCUCUCAGAGAGGGUCAAAGGUCUGUCUCCCCAGCCCAGCUCAGCCGACUGAAGAAACUGGGCAUUGAGAAAUCUGACCCCUUGACCUUCACAGGGACCGAGAUUAGACGUUUUGUCCGAUUGGACAUUGACCCAGAAACUACAACAGAUUCUGGCUCUUUGGAAAAUGAGAUCAUGGCUAUACUGUCACUCAGCAGCAGUGAGGAGGAGAUGCAGCAGAGGCUGGCCAAGAUAGUAGUGGCUACAAACAAAUCUGGGGAUCCUGUCACCACAGAGGAUUUAAAUAUCAGUGGUCCAUUGGCCAUGCUAUUGAAAGAUGCCCUUAAACCUGUCUUGAUGCAAACUGUAGAGGGUACACCGGUGUUUCUUCACACCAGCCCAUUAGAUGACAUUGCCCAUGGCAGUCCUUCCAUUCUGGCAGACAAAAUCGCUUUAAAAAUGGUCGGAUCCAAAGGAUUUGUAGUUACUGAGUCUGGUCAUGGUGCUGACAUUGGCUUGGAGAAGUUCUUCAACAUUAAAUGCCGCUACUCGGGCCUGCAGCCAAAUGUGGUAGUGAUGGUGGCCACGGUUCGUACCUUGAAGAUGCAUGGCGGUGCCCCCCCUGUCCAAGCAGGUUUGCCCCUUCCAAAAGAGUAUUCACAGGAGAACCUCGAGCAGCUGGAGAGAGGCUGUUGUCACCUGAGGAGACAGGUGGAAAAUGCACAAGCAUUUGGAUUGCCAGUGAUCGUAGCUGUCAACAAAUUCAGCUCUGAUACUGACGCUGAGCUGGAGCUGGUGUGUGGCCAGGCGAAGCAGGCUGGUGCCUUCGAUGCAGUGCAGUGCACUAACUGGUCUGAGGGGGGCGCUGGAGCGCUGGCUCUGGCCGAAGCUGUUCAGAGAGCAACAAAACUACCUGGAAGUUUCAGGUUCCUGUACGACUCACAGAUUCCAGCUGCUGAUACGUUAAGGACUGUGGCACAGAAGAUGUACGGUGCGAAAGAUAUCGAGCUGUCUCCAAAAGCACAGGAAAAGCUUGCACUUUAUACAAAACAGGGCUUUGGGAAUUUGCCAGUUUGCAUAGCCAAAACACACCUGUCCUUGAGUAAUGACCCCAUGAUGAAGGGAGCGCCCACCAACUUUGUGCUGCCCAUAACCGAUAUCAAGGCCAAUGCCGGAGCAGGUUUCCUCUGCUGCCUAACUGACUCGACAAAUGCAGAAAUGGAUGAUCCCAUGUGGCCCUGUUUCCAUGGCAACAACCUUUACCAUGACAGCAAGUAGCUCAAUGGUUACUUGCUAAGGUGGGAAAGCUGAAUUUGGUUUAAAUAAUGGUCAAUAAAACUUUUAAUAACUAGAAAGAAACACUUUUCUUUUUAAAAUGGCUAAAUGAUUUUUAAAACCUACAAAAACUCUUCAGUCGAAUCACAGCAUCAUAUUCUAGCACCAAAUGGUCAAAACAUCCUAUGUGAAAACAGCUAAUUAUCAAUAUAUAUUGUCACUGUAUUAUCUUUAAUUUUGUAAACUGACAAAUGAUGUUGCUGUGUACAGUAUUUUAAUUCACUCCAGAUUUCACUGUUAUUAUGCUGUGCUUCUUGAACCAUAAGAUAUUUUUAGCCAUGACUGAGCUUUAGCAGCACAGAACCAAUUGUCUGUCAGUAUUUUUCUUAUUGGCAUGUUUAUGCUGAAGUUUGCCAGUAUUAUUGAAAGUCCCAUUUAAUUUUAUUAGGCAAUGCAUUGAUUCUAUGAGAUAGCUUCCAUGUCUGUACAUUUAAUAUGUUAUCUUAUCUGACUCAAAUAAAAUCUUGGCUUGGCCUUUAAUGAAGUUUCUAGUUGCUAUAGAUACUAAGCUGACAGCCUGAUUGUAAACUAUAAUUAAAUAAUUGUAUAUUUA